AUGUGGGAAAUGUUGGAUCCCGACCUUGAGUGCGGCAACGAGUGUGGUGGGCCGGGACCUCCUCCGGAGUUCCUGGUGCCACCGCCACCUCGGCCGCCCUUCCUAGCCGAGCUGGUCAACUGCAACGAGGAGCAGCAGCUGGCGCAACAAUCUCCGUUCGGUGCCAGCGGGCCUUUCGCCGAUGUCGACAUGUGCGAGGCGUUCCCGAUCAUUGACGCCAGCUACCACAGCGGUCCAUCGCUUCAAACCUCCGCCAUGAUAGUGCUGUGUUCGGUGCUUCUGUUAUUUGUCAUUUUUAUUUCAUCGUUACUAGUGUGGAAACACAAGCGAAAAGUUCAAAACUUCCUGCCAUGCAAGACGCCCACCCGCGGUCCGCCCCAUCUGGAUGCGACAGGUGUCUCCGCGGCCCACUCGGUGACGUACGAGGACCCGGACGUGCAUCUCGGCCAUCAUCCGCUGGUGAUGCGGCACCAUCAUCACCAUCACCACCACCACAACAUGGAGCUGCACGCGAAACAAAUCCACUACCCAAGCGGGUACCCGAUGCCGCGCUCUCCACCACUCUUCAUCUGUUCCUCGCCCGGUCCGGACCCGUACCGAUCCCACGACAACGUGUACGAGGAGCUAGAGCACGGUCCCGGUCGGGAUACGGACUCGGAACCACCAAUUCAGUCAGAUGACGACUUUGCGGAGGAUGAGCUGAGUCUACCCGGCGAUCGAUCCUUCCACAAGUCACCCUCGGACGGUGGUACAACCGUGGCCACGAUCUACCACGAUCGCAGCAAUGGUGGUGGAAGCAGCAACAGUGCGGCCACCACUGCUUCCGUCUCUAAUGGGCCCGCCACGCUCGAAGGACUUGCUGGGGCAGCCAGCGUUCCCGGAGCCGGUGGAUAUCUCGAGCGGAAUCGCACCGAAAGGAACUCGCUGCUGUCGUCUUCGUCCUCGUCGGGUAAUGACACCAACCAUCCACUGCAUCGUGCGCCUGCUGGCAUCACUGGAGCCAUCAGUGGGGUUGCCAGUGGUAGCCAUAGCAACGGCAACAUCAGCAACACCAACAACAACAUCAACAUCAACAACAACAACGGGAGCAAUCAUGGAGGCAGCAGCAGUGCUAGUAGCGCAAGCAACGCCAGCCAUAGCAACCGUAAUUCCAGCUCGAGUGCGGACUGUGGCAACAACAACAACAAUGGGCCCAACAACUGCAGCAACAACAACAACAACAACAAUAGCAACAGCAACAGCAACGGGGGUUUGUUUCGGUCGCGAAAACACCACCCAGGAACGUUGGGUGGAUCGGGCCGUAGAGCCGGUCCUGAUCCUGUCGUCCUGCCACCGUCCAUGUACGACGAUCGGGGCAUGAUGACGUUACCCCCGCCCGCCUACAACCACACCACACCGCUACACCACAACCACCACCCGCACCACCAUCCGCAUCAUCUGAACGGGGUGAAUAAUAACGGGCAUCGUGGUGGUGCUGGUGGGUACUACAGCACGAUCGAUGACGGAUUGGAUCCGGUGGAGCGACGGAAUCGCAUCAACGCGCAGCUGUCGGCAUCGAGUGGUGGAUCCGUUUCGACGAUUUUCCGCAAUGGCGGUGUACCGCGUGGUGCGGCUUAUGGUGCACGAUCACGAACCAACCCACGAUCGUCCGAUCGCCGAACGCCACGCAACGGUGGUCCACCUCAGCUGGCCGUAAUUUCGAACUCCUCGGGUAGCUCGGCAGGCCCACAGGACCCCGGGCAGUACAUCUACCACGAGCCGGUUUUCCACGAGGGGCUCAUCUACGACGGGUGCCUGUCGCACACGUACAGCGAUCGAAGCGGGGGAAGCGGUAGCACCGGUACCGGAAGUACGGGUGGAGUCGCCUACCAUCAUCCGUACAUCCUGCCGGGUGGGUUUAGCACCUUCCGGCAUGGGUCGGGUCAUGGUGGUGUGGGUCCAGCGCCUGGAGGCGCGGGGACAAUUUAUUCGCGCGAUUCGAGCUUUGGGUCGGAUUCGGGUUACAGCCAACACACGCAAACAUCCGGCCGGAGUGCGAUCGGUGGUUGGACCGGAAGUCGCCGUCCAACGGGAAGUGGUCAACAUCUGCUGCCGGUUGGUGGUGGAGGCGCCCAAAAAGGCGUACCAUCGACGGAGCAGACUCACUCGCAACCUCAGCAACAGCAGCAGCAGCAGCAGCAACAAACUUCUGUGGCCAAUACGCCGGCCACUGGGCUGGUGGUGGACUCUUGAGAGCUGGCCCCAGAACGGAAAGCGGUGACCCUCGAACCCUUCAUAUCCAGUAUUGUAUACGGCAAGAUGCUGCUCUGAGGUGUCGGUCUGUGGUCGGUGCAAGUAAAACUUGCGCUAUCAAGAGUGCGCU